AUCUUUGCAAAGAUAAUUUUCUGGCUUUGAAAUUAAAGAUAAUUUUGGAUUAAUUUGGUUUUUUUUUCUAUUCUCAUUGUUUGCAAUUGUUGAUUGUUUGGUGUCCACCAUCAUGGCUCCUGGAGGAAUACAAAUUGUCGAUAAAAAUUUUCCUUUAAACGUUGACGAUGUUUUUAAUUUGGUCUUUGUUGAUAGUCCUUUUUUUCAAUCUCUUUUAGCGAGACGUCACACUUAUAAUGUUUCUAUUGGUGAAUGGACGGAAAUUGAUCCAUGUAAACAAUCAGAUGAAUUGAAAGAAUUUAAACAAUAUCGUAACCUUGCUUACAGUAUGGACGUUAAUCAAUCAAUGGCAAAGACUGUUACCACCACAGAGAUUCAAUAUCUAUUUUCCACCUCAAUUCCUGGUCAAGAAUAUGUGAUAAAAUCCGAAGCCUCUAAUAUGGGAUUCCCAUUGUCAAGUAGCUUUCGUGUUGAUACAGUUUAUUAUCUGAGUCGAGGUGAAACCGAAAACGAGUGCAAUCUUCAAGUAUAUGGAAAAGUGGUUUUCAAGAAAAGUGCCUGGGGAAUGAAAACCUUGAUAGAAGAAUCAUCAAUGCAAGGAUUAAACGAUUACAUUGGCGAUUUAACCCGAUCUUUAACAGAAUUAACCAAAAGCGAUUUUAAAACAUUGGAAAUUGUCAAUGGUUCAUUUUUAACAAACGAAACGAGUCCACAAUUAACCGAAUCAAUUGUCGUUACCUGUGAUCCUUUAUCUCUUUCAAACUCUGUAAGCCUAAGGAAGAGACAAUCAUCAUCUACAUCAUCAUCUUCACUCUCACCCAACAUAAUUGAACAGCAAACAUCCCCCUUGGAACCAGUGCUAAAAGCACGAAGAGAUCAUUCAAUUACACCGAAAAUUCAAUCUUCUCACAAAAGCGAACCAAUCAACAAACAAACCGACUCAUUCCUAAUAAGAACUGUUUUUAUAUUACUUGUAUUACUUUCGGUGCUAAAUUGUUUUCUUUACAUCAGAUUGUUGAGACUUGAAGAAUCAGCUCAACUCUUGAAAUCUAUUAUCCAUCCAUUCAUCAAUCUAACAGUUCGAUGAAUAAAAAAUGUUCAUAUUGAUGCAAA